GGACGAACAAGCUGCAGGGCUGAGCGCGCGCACAGAUUUGGGUCACGCGCUAUGAAGAAGCAGUGCGCGCACAGAACAGCUGCUUCCCGCGCCUCGAGCCUUCUCCGUUUAGUUGUUCCUUUUGUUUUCAAGUUGAAUAUCGUCGGUUCUUUGAACGCACUCGUGAGUCUCACAUAGAUUCCCGCAGGCUCGCCAUGAUGAAGUUUGUCAUUUUACCGCUUUUAAUGUUUUUUUGCGCCGUCGCACAAGUUUUUUGCGAGGAAAACGAGCCAAAAGAAGAGGCUGACUACUGGACCAACAGUAACGAGAUUCAGAACGGCUGGCUGGCCAACGACCCGUUCAGAGAAGUCCUCCUGAGGAUGACCAGAAAGCCGCGGCCGCACCAGUUCGUCGGCCUGAUGGGGAAACGCUCCAUGGCAAAUGCACAGAUCACCCGCAAAAGGCAUAAAGUCAACUCUUUUGUUGGACUGAUGGGGAAACGGAGCCAAGAAGAGCCAGGCUCGUACGAGUGGAGCACAUUACAGACGUACGACAAGCGCCGCUAAGCGCCCCCCCCUUCCUCCCCCAGCGGCCUGCAUCUCAUCGAGCCAUUCCUCAUCCGAGGGAGUGGAUACCCGACGCUGGUUUAUGUUUUCACUCAAACUGUGUAUAGCUGCUAGUGGAGUAAAAAUGAUUCUGUUUGCACAUUGUAGUGACGUAGCGGUGCUGUGCCUGUGCCAGUCUUCAUUUGGUGGCCUCCCCAUCAAUGUUUUCUGUGAGCGUUUUCCACAUCUGCCAUGCUACAAAAGACUUAACUGUUGUUGUGAACCAUCAAAGCAAGGCUAUGCCCUCCAAGUAUGUGUAUAGUGCCUCAUUUCUGAUUAAUUACUGCUUCUGAUUGUCCUCUAAAUACAACAUUUCGGUUUUCAAGUUCUCCAGAUUAACACAUGCUACACGACGGGAAACGUGUGUGUGUUCGUCAUGGUUCAACAAAAAUAAAAUUAUUUUCUUUACUGGUUCAAC